AUGUUUUUGAAUGAUCUUGGUCAGCCGCUGAUUUUAGAUGCCCAAAAAAAGUAUGGACACUUCGAACAGCACAACGGAGCGCUUGUCUUGACGUCAGCCGCCUUCAAAGAGCAUGUUGUGCCCACCGAAUGGUGCGCAUGCAUCAUUGGCUCCGAGGAGCAUAUGCUUCGGCUGCGAUCGCAGGACAAUUGUAAAGAAGUCUACAAAUACUGCACUCGUCAAGUCAUAAGUCCCAACAAACCGACUGAAGUGACCUUCGAUCAAACGAAGAUCACUUUGACGCUGAUACCAGUAGGAAAAAGCAAAGACGGGAUGAACAUGACCAUGUACUGCAUAGAGAAUGGACACACGAGAACGCUGAUUGUAGAUGAAUUGUCUGGAUAUUUGGAUUUUCUGCCCAAAGCCUGUGCAUCUGUUCAUCGUGCCCUUGGCGAAGGCAUUGAUAUAGUGUACAUUGACGACGCGCUGCUAGGGGAUAAAGAAUUCAUCCAAGAUCUGUAUGCCUUCGUGGAUCUGAUAAGACCAAAGCACAUUUACGGGCUAAGGAACCACAGAUUGCCCAAGUGGCUGCUAGAUUUGUGCGUCCAAAGAGAUCUCUACCCUCGUUCCAUCGUAUUAUAAUAGUUCAAUAACAAGCGCACAAAUACACAUACGGUUGCAAAUGCA